CAGAAAAUUGUCCACCAAGAACUAGAUAUACUCUAAAAACAUUUGAAAUUAAAAAAUCGUCCUCUCAUUCUCUCAAAAAACAGCUCAAUGAUCAAUCUAAAGUGGUAAAAUGUUUGAAAAAACAAAUUGAAGUUUCAAAAUCUUCUUUACAGCCUUGUGGUGACAUUCAAAAUAUUUCCCCUUAUCCCCUAUCCAUUUGUGAAACGAUAUGUGACAAAAAAGGUAAAAUUCUUAGUGUAAACCCUUUUAAAAACUCCAAAUCGGUCGCAAGGUCAUUUUUUGAAAAAAGGUACAAAGAAUCAGAUGAACCAAUAUUUUAUUAUGCCACUCUCCCACCUUCUUUUGACCCUCUUGUAUAUAUAAUUGAUGGGAUGAGUUUUCUGUAUUCUUUUAGACCUUACAAGGAUUUUCAUGUCAAUUUCAUUACAUAUUUGAAUAAAGUGUACUCAAAAUUAAUUGACAUGAAAAUUCCCAUUCAUUUAGUCUUUGACAUUCAAGAAACUGACAUUUUAACUCCUAAAACCUUAGAGCGUACAAUGAGAGACUCUGGUGUUGUGGAUGUAACAAGAGAAAGUAUUAGAGACACAGAUAUAUUACCAAGUAAUUUUGACACUUUUAUUAAAAAC